AUGUCUGGCCUCACCUUCCGCCAUGCUUCCAUGACUCCCAUGACUCCAGAUACAGACACGGAUCCGGCUGAACGAAAACGAGUACGCCGCUGGCACCACCGAGGCUUCACCGGCUGUACAACAUGCCGCCGCCGUCACGUUCGCUGCGAUGAGGCUUCCCCGAUCUGCAAUAAUUGUGUGCGCCUGGGACGCGAAUGCGAUGGGGCCCAGGGAAGAAUGACCUUCAAGGUCUACGGGCCUACGUCGGAAUCCCCGCCAGAGUCCUCGGCAGCGAAGCGACAGAAGAAGAUCUUGCAUUCCUCAAUACCCAACCCCAGCCCCGAGUCGCGGUCGAGCGACAGAUCUACAGUGUCGCCGCCAACGGAGGAGAAAGAUGUGUGCCAGACAGCAUGCCAGACUGUGAUCGUGUCUCCCACUGUAACUGCACAGCGGUCCAAGUUUCGUUUCCAGGAACCCAUCACCACGGCCAGCAUUGCCAUGUCCAUCCAGCGCGCCGACGAACGAUAUUUCACACACUUCAUCGACCAGGUUUCCACCCUCCUGAUCAUCUACGACAACCCCAACACGGCCAAUCCUUACCGUGCUUAUUUUCCAGAUUUUGCUCGGUCAUCGCCGACAAUGAUAAAUGCCAUGCAGGCAUUGGGCGCAUUACACCUUGCAAAUACCUCCACUGGAACACAACGGAACAAACACUUCCAACAAGCAAUGGGGAAAUACGGGUCUGUGGUGAAAGGGUUCCGUGCUCGAUACGCAGAUCCCACCCAGCAGCUAGGCCUGACCGAUUUCGCCACGUGUUUGCUGCUGUGUCUGUUCGAGAUGAUGGACUCCCAGCACCAGAAUUGGGCUGUACAUCUCAAAGGCGCGCGCGAGAUCUACAAUCUUAUUUUCUAUCCAAGUACCGGAGAUUCACGACGCGAAAUCCAACGCGUUGCAGAAACGAACCACCCACUCCGCUCAUUUCUCGUGUCAUUACUCUCCUACCUCGACGUGGCUGGCGCCUGUGCAACUCCUGGUGGCACUGUCGUCGAGGGUAGUUACUGGAAGACCAUGGGCGGGGGGUGGGAAUAUAACCUCGGCACGCCCAGCUUAUCCUCCAAUAUUCCAGAUAACCCCCGUCUUGUCGAACUACGAGAGGCAUGGUCCAGCUUGAUGGAGAUUCAGGCGAGGAUUAGCACGUUUGCCCAAGACAAGAAGACAUGGAUGACAAAUGACCAGUCUGAUAUGAUGUACAAGGAUAUUUUCAAUCAGCUUGUCAUGUGGCGGGCAGAGACACCUGUUUCUUUGCAGCUGGUCGGGGAUCUGGAUGACGAGAGUAUUGCUGAAUAUCCGUAUCCUGAUGUUCUGGAGUAUGCUGGGUGCAUUGAAGCAUAUGAGAAGGCGACAUUUGUUUAUCUGCACCAGAUUGCGGGGGCUGGUCGUGUUCGCUGGAUUACCGAUUACGGUUAUUUGGAUAUGCUUGUCAGUCGCAUUGUCAUGUUGAUUUGCAGGCUGUCCAAGGGCGUGGGGCAAUUGGCUGUUCUGUGGCCGCUUUUCAUUGCGGGACAGGAGACUCGUAAUGAGGAUGAGCAGAAAUACGUGCGCCAGACCAUGCAUGUCUUGAAGCGAUUCGGGUUCAAGAAUGUUGAUAAAGGCCUUGAAGUCCUUGAAGACGUUUGGCUCAAGCGCCGCUCCUAUCCAAAUGGAUGGAUCAGGACUCUGGAUGAAGUACAAACGAACAUUCUUCUUCCAUGA